AUGGAUAGACGAAUUGAAGCGAGACGAAAAGAAUUCAAGAAAAACUGUGAUGAUACAAGAAGAAAAAGAGAAGACUUGGUAGUACAAAUAAGAAAGCAACAAAGAGAAUGCCAGUUAGAAAGUAAAAGAGCCAUGGUAAUGGCAAAUAUCGGGCUCGAAGAAAAUAACUCAUAUAAUAUAAAUUAUGGUAAAUCAAAUCAAAAUGAUUCAACUAAUGAUUCAUUAUAUAAUACAUCCUCAAAUAAUAGUUCGAAUACAUUAGAAAUGUUAAAAAAAAUACCAAGCCUAGCCAUAGGUGUAAGAUCUUCUGAAUAUGUAACACAAUUAAAUAGUACAAAAGAAUUAAGAAAAUUAUUAUCAAUUGAAAAGGGCCCACCAAUACAAGAAGUUAUAAAUUCAGGUGUAGUCCCUUAUAUCGUUGAAUUUUUAAAAUACGAUGAUAAAACAGAUUUACAAUUUGAAGCCGCAUGGGUAUUAACAAAUAUUGCUUCAGGUUCACAAGAACAAACUAAAGUAGUUAUAGAUAAUAAUGCUGUACCAUAUCUUGUUAGAUUAUUAAAUAGUGAAAAGGAAGAUGUAUGUGAGCAAGCAGUUUGGGCUUUAGGUAAUAUUGCUGGUGAUUCAGCUGAAUGCCGAGAAUAUGUUUUAAAUCAAAAUUCUUUACCUUUAUUGUUAAAAAUAUUAAGAAGUAGCCAUAAAAGAACAUUAAUAAGAAAUGCUGCAUGGACAUUAUCAAAUUUAUGCAGAGGAAAACCAGCACCCAAAUUUGAAAUAGUAUCAAAAGCUUUACCAACAUUAGCUGUACUUAUAUAUAAUGACGACGAAGAAAUAUUAACAGAUGCAUGUUGGACACUUUCUUAUUUAUCUGAUGGUUCGAAUGAAAAUAUUAACGCCGUUUUAGAUGCAGGAGUAGCAGAGCGCGUCGUCGAAUUAUUAAGUCAUGGCUCAUUUUUAGUACAAACACCUGCAUUAAGAACUGUUGGAAACAUUGUUACUGGUGACGAUUUACAAACAGAUGUCGUUGUAAAAUUAAAUGCAGUUCAAAAAUUAUCAUGCCUACUUAAUUCAUCAAAAAAAAGUAUAAAAAAAGAAGCUUGUUGGGCAUUAUCAAAUAUUACAGCCGGUAAUAUUUCACAAAUUCAAGCAGUAAUUGAUAAUAAUGUUAUACCCCAACUUAUUAAUAUUUUAAUGAAAGAAGAUUUUGAGGUUCGAAAAGAAGCUGCAUGGGCAAUAUCUAAUGCAUCUUCUGGUGGAUCUGAAUCACAAAUUGAAUAUCUUGUAGAAUGUGGAGCUAUACACUCUUUAUCUAAUUUAUUAGAUGUCGAAGAUGCUAAUAUUAUUUCAGUAACUUUAGAAGGAUUAGAAAAUAUUUUAGAAAUGGGAGAAAAUAAAAAAUUAAGAGAUAACUUACCAGCUAAUCCAUAUGUGCACUUAUUUGAAGAAUGUGAUAGUGUGCAUAAAAUUGACGCAUUACAAGAUCGAAAAGUUGAUAAUAUUUGUAAUAAAGCAUGGAAAAUAUUAUAUAAAUAUUUCCCAUUUAUUAUUAAUAAUGAAAUGAACAAUGCACAAAUACCAUUAAACAAUGUCUUCGUAAACAGUGACGAUGCUGUUUUAAACAAAGAUUUUACUUUUGAUUAA